UUGAUGUGUGAAGCAGUUAAGGCAAAGUGAAGAAGAGGCCCCAGUAGAAGGGAAGUCCGUUGAUGAUCGUAAAUGGAGACCCACUUUAUUACAAUUUUGCCUCUUUUGCAGGAAUCUCUUCCUUCUCUACCCGGACCUUCACUUGUUUCUUUCUCUGUCUCCCUCCCACUCCCAGACAGACAUUCGGACAGCGACAUCUUUCUUAGUUUUAGCUUUCACUUCCAAUGACAUUGCAAACCAGACAACCCUAAUCCAAAAUCAAAUCCUACCUAUUCCCAUUCUUAUUCCUGUUCCUUUUCCACCUCAAUGGUAGCUGGCAAGGUCAAGCUCUCAAUGGCUUUCCCCAAGUCCCCUGCGCCCCCCACUCCUCCCCACUCCUCCGCCACUAAAUCCUCCCUCACGCGCUCCUUCGCCACUUACUUCUCACGCUCCUCCGCUCAGGUUCAGCCCCGCCCCUCCGACGUCCUCGACCUCCUCCGCCUCGUCGAGGACCUCCGCGAGAGAGAGUCUCGCCUCAAAACAGAGCUUCUCGAACACAAGCUCCUCAAAGAAACCGUUGCCAUCGUUCCCCUUCUCGAAAACCAGAUUUCCGCCAGGGACGCACAAAUAGAAAGUAACAACAACAAAAUGGAACAAGUGGAGGCAGACAACCGGAGGCUCAGGAACGAGCUCCAAGAACUCAAGCUCCGAAUGGAAGAAGAGAAAAUAGAGAACCUGAAAAAAACUAAAGCGUUGGAGGAUGAGAUUGCAGAGCUGAAGAAAACGGCGUCGGAUCAUGUCUGCAAGGCAUUGGUAAAUGAAGUGCAUUCUUCGAUGGAAAACGACGAGCAUUCUUCGGUGAGGCUUCAAGCGCCUUUGGAGGUGCCAGCGAGGUCCACUUUGAUCAAGAGUUUGAAGAAAACGACGUCGGAUCAUAGAAGUGUGAACCACAAGCAGUUUGAAGCAACUGUUCAAGAUUUUAAACCAAAAAUGGCUGAAAGUGAAAGGCCGCGUCGUGACUCGGGGGAGCUCGCCGAUUCUACUGAGUCCAUUUUAACAAGAUCACGUGCGCCUCGCGUUCCCAAACCGCCACCGAGACCAUCGUUGUCUUCUUCAUCAAUGCGCUCGCGGUACACCGAUUCUGCGGCGUCGGAGAACGGCAAUGUCGAAACAGAGAAAGUGAUAUCACGACCUCCCCCGCCGCCUCCUCCUCCUUUCAAGGCUGCGUUGAAGGCUGCUCCGCCUCCUCCACCUCCGCCGCCGAAGGGGAGUAGGCAGGUUACGGCAAAGGUGAGGAAGGUGCCGGAAGUGGUGGAGUUCUAUCAUUCCUUAAUGAGGAGGGAAUCGCAGUCCCGGCGAGAAUCACUCUCCGGCGUGGUAGAACUGCCUCCUGCGGCCAAUCCACGUGACAUGAUCGGUGAAAUCGAGAAUCGUUCGUCUCACCUGCUCGCGAUUAAAACAGAUGUCGAGACGCAAGGAGACUUUAUUAGAUGCUUAAUCAAAGAAGUGGAGGGUGCUGCAUUUACAGACAUUGAAGACGUUGUGCUCUUUGUUAAAUGGCUAGAUGACGAGCUUUCCUAUUUGGUGGAUGAACGAGCAGUGUUAAAGCACUUCGAUUGGCCGGAGAAGAAGGCCGAUGCGCUGCGCGAGGCCGCGUUUGGGUAUUGUGAUCUGAAGAAGAUAGAAUCUGAGGCUUCAUCAUUUCGUGAUGAUCCUCGGCAGCCAUGUGGUCCAGCUCUCAAAAAGAUGCAGGCUCUCUUUGAAAAAUUAGAGCAUGGAGUUUUCAAUAUCUCGAGAAUGGGAGAGUCAGCUACAAAUAGAUACAAAGUCUUCCACAUACCUGUACAGUGGAUGCUUGACAAUGGUUUUGUGAGCCAGAUCAAGCUGGCAUCUGUGAAACUAGCCAUGAAGUACAUGAAGAGAGUCUCUGCUGAGCUUGAGACAGUUGGUGGUGGUCCUGAAGAAGAGGAGCUCAUUGUCCAAGGAGUUAGAUUUGCUUUUCGAGUACAUCAGUUUGCUGGGGGGUUUGAUGUGGAGACAAUGAGAGCAUUCCAAGAAUUGAGAGAUAAAGCGAGGUCAUGCCAACUUCAAUGCCAUAGCCAGCAACAGAAAUUUCUUUGCAGGUCUGCAACCUACUAGAGAUGGAGCAAACUCAGCUUCAGAAAAUAGUAGCACCGAUUUUGAUGUAUAGAUAGUGACAUUUUGCUUGUGAAUACCAAUAGAAUGGCCAUCACUUUACCCAGACGCAAUCAUAAUUCACCCAUUCAUUAAUGAACGACUUGGAUAGGGAAACCAUGCAACCUCUCAAUCAGUAACACCAAUUGUUUCCUCUCA